GGUGACGAUGCUGCAUAUGAAGUGCGAGUGGGGAACUCCAUAUCUGAGCAUGAUUUCAUUCUCUGUCUGCCUUGACUUUAUGCUUGAGCAAUUUGAAAACCCUAAAAGUAGAUGAAAUUCAAUUAACUUCAAAUGAAAAAGAAAGAGUUCAGAAGUGUUCCGUUCUGAUCUGUAAGAUUCGAAUUCGGUACCGACGAAAAAAUUAGUAAAUUUUUUUUCGAAUCAAUUCAACGCCGUUAUUUCGGCAGCGAUCGCAUUCUCCGACGACAUAUCGGCAGAGAGGGUACGUGCGUAUAGGGGCGUCCGGCGAGUUUCGCUGGAAAGGGUUAAAACAGAAUUUGGGUUUACCGUUUCUUUACACUCUCGGGUGGUUAGAGAGGGCUCGAAUCCGAUGACUUGUGGGCCAUCUACCAAAUAACCUAACGCGUCGGAUCAUGGGCUUUCUUAAUUCUAUCAUUGGGUGUAUUUCAUAUUUUAGGGAUUUCAGGGUUUGAAUCUCCUUUUAUUUUUUAUCUUUACUUUAUUUUUUUUUAAAUAAAAAUAAAAUUGUUGAAUUUCGUGGGUUGGUUGAAGCAGUCACUCUCUGUUACCUUUGGUUGAUUAACCAGACAAGACGGCCACACCACACCUAAGCUUCCCAUUAGAGUAGUCUGUUGAGAUGAUCCUCCUUUGUCUCUUCCCUUUUGACGAGGAGGGUUUCGUAUUACUCCGAUACUGAUAGAAACGAGAGAGACAGAGAGGGAGGGAGAGAGAUGGAGUUGCAAAUGAAGGUGGCAGAGGCGGUGCACGUCCUGAAUCACGACAGCCAAUCGGGCAACCGCGUGGCCGCGAAUCAAUGGCUGGUUCAGUUUCAGCAAAGCGACGCCGCUUGGGAGGUGGCCACCUCCAUCCUGACUGCCUCCUCCCUCUUCUCCUCCUCCCACUCUUUUGUAUCCGAUUUCGAGGUCGAGUUUUUCGCCGCCCAGAUUCUCAAACGCAAGAUCCAAAAGGAAGGAUAUUAUCUGCAAUUAGGAGCUAAAGAUGCUUUGCUUAAUGCACUUCUUGUGGCUGCCAAAAGAUUUAGCUCUGGCCCUCCUCAGCUUUUAACACAAAUCUGUCUUGCACUCUCUGCGCUUAUACUUCGUUCUGUUGAGAAUGGGAAACCCAUUGAGCAGCUCUUUUACAGCCUUCAGAAUCUGCAGAGCCACGAUGAUGGUAAUGUUGCUGUCUUGGAGAUGCUUACGGUUCUUCCAGAAGAAGUUUUUGACAGCCAAAAUGCUGAUAACAAAAUAAGUUCAGCCUGCCGAAGCCAGUAUUGCCAAGAGCUUCUCUCGCGCACUCCGACAGUUCUUGAGUUCCUGCUACAGCAAUCUGAGAAAAGUUUUGGGGCAGGUGCACAACUACAUGAAAGCAACAGAAAAAUUCUGCGCUGCUUACUGAGUUGGAUUCGAGCAGGGUGCUUUUCAGAGAUUCCCCCAGGCUCAUUGCCAGCACAUCCGCUUCUUAAUUUUGUAUUUAGUUCUCUGCAGGUUUUAUCUUCAUUUGAUCUGGCCAUUGAAGUUCUCAUCGAACUUGUUAGCCGACAUGAGGGGCUGCCCCAAGCUUUGUUAUGCAGAGUACACUUUCUUAAAGAAGUGCUCCUUCUACCAGCUCUUAGUAAGGGAGAUGAGAAAGUUAUUGGUGGUCUUGCAUGCUUGUUGUCAGAAAUUGGGCAGGCCGCACCAUCUCUGAUUGUAGAAGCAAGUGCUGAAGCAAUUGCUCUGGCAGAUGCACUUUUGAGCUGUGUGGCAUUUCCAAGUGAAGACUGGGAGAUUGCAGACUCAACUUUGCAAUUCUGGUCUAGUUUUGCAAGCUAUAUUCUUGGCCUUGAAGAAGAUGGUGCAAAAAAUAGGAAACACGUGGAAGACAUGUUUUUUUCUGUAUUUUCAGCUUUGCUUGAUGCGCUUUUAUUGCGUGCACAGGUGGAUGAAUCUACGUUUGAUGAUGACAGAGGAAAUCCUGAUCUGCCUGAUGGCCUUGUUCAUUUUAGGAUGAAUCUUGUUGAACUUUUGGUUGAUAUUUGUCAGCUUUUAAGAUCAGCUACAUUUAUACAGAAGCUUUUCAUUGGUGGUUGGGCCUCAACAAAUGUACCAAUACCUUGGACGGAGGUGGAGAGCAAAUUAUUUGCUCUUAACGUGGUUGCUGAAGUAGUCCUUCAGGAGGGCCAAACUUUUGAUUUCUCUGUGAUUAUGCAGUUGAUAACAAUUUUGUCUGCGAGGCCUUCUGAUGAGCUUAAGGGCUUCAUGUGCAUUGUAUACAGAUCUCUUGCUGAUGUUGUUGGUUCCUAUUCCAAGUGGAUGACUGCCUUUCAAACAAAUGCUAGGCCCUUACUAUUAUUUCUUGCUUCAGGGAUCUCAGAACCUCUGUCCUCAAAUGCAUGCGCCUCUGCCCUGCGUAAAGUAUGUGAAGAUGCUUCUGCAGUAAUUUUUGAACCAGCAAACUUGGAAAUUUUGAUGUGGAUAGGAGAGAGUUUGAUGAGGCAUUUACCUUUGGAAUAUGAGGAAGAAGUUGUCAGUGCAAUAAGUCUCAUACUUGGUUCUGUACCCAACAAAGAACUAAAGAGCAAUUUGUUGGCUAGAUUGCUUUCGUCAAGCUAUGAAGCUAUUGGAAAACUUGUUGAUGAAGAUAACAAACAUUCUUUGAGGCAGAAUCCGGCUACUUAUACACAAAUUUUGAACUCUGCCGCAAGAGGGCUCUACAGAAUUGGAACUGUAUUGGGUCAUCUUGCGCCUUUGCCAAAUGGGCCUUCGGCUGAUGAUCCUAUACUUGCACUUCUCACGGUUUUUUGGCCCAUGCUGGAGAAACUUUUUAUGUCCGGACACAUGGAAAAUGGUAAUUUAUCUACAGCAGCUUGCCGGGCUCUUUCACAAGCAAUUCAAUCUUCAGGCCAGCACUUUGUGACAGUACUGCCCAAAGUACUCGAUUGCCUAUCAACAAAUUUUUUGUUAUUCCAAAGUCAUGAAUGCUAUGUCAGAACAGCUUCUGUUGUCAUUGAAGAAUUUGGUCACAUAGAGGACUAUGGUCCGUUAUUUGUCACCACCUUUGAACGGUUUACGUAUGCAGCAUCAGUAAUGGCUCUUAAUUCUUCAUACAUAUGCGAUCAAGAACCUGAUCUAGUGGAAGCCUACACAAAUUUCGCAUCCACGUUUGUUCGGGGAUCUUCUAAGGAAGUACUCGCUGCAUCUGGUUCCCUUCUUGAAGUUUCCUUCCAAAAGGUGGCCAUAUGUUGCACAGCAAUGCAUCGUGGGGCAGCACUAGCAGCAAUGUCAUAUUUGUCUUGUUUCUUGGAUGUGGGCUUGGCCUCUUUGUUGGAGUGCAUGACUUGCAUUCCUGAAGGAUCGUUCAGUUCCAUGGCAAUUCAGGUCAUAUCUCAUAGUGGCGAGGGACUUGUAUCAAACGUGGUGUAUGCUUUACUUGGUGUUUCAGCUAUGUCUCGGGUUCACAAAUGUGCGACAAUCUUGCAACAAUUGGCAGCAAUGUGCAGUUUGAGUGAGAGAACAACCUGGAAGACUAACCUUUGUUGGGAAUCUUUGCAUGGAUGGCUACACUCAGCGGUCCAUGCACUUCCUGUUGAAUAUCUAAACCAGGGGGAAGCCGAAUCCCUAGUGCCGGUUUGGCUAAAAGCUCUUGCUGGAGCGGCCUCAGACUAUCUUGAGAGCAAGAGCUGUGAUGGUGGAAAAAGUAAUUAUGGGCAUAUGCAAGGUAAAGGGGGAAGAGUUCUAAAGCGACUGGUCCGUGAAUUUGCCGAUAAUCACCGGAAUGUCCCAAAUUUGACAUGACUGUCGCAAGAAAUUCUGUUAGGUUGUGUACAGCUGAUACAGUUUGCAGCUUCAAGAGCCGCCGGGGCCUCCUUCCAGUAGGUUGACAGCACCUCUAACAUUUGUUGUAAAAGGAUGGCUUGCUUAAAAGGUUGGUCAAUCUUGGGGCCCAUUAUUUGAGCAAUGUCCCCACAUAUGUUUUGAUUCUUCUUCCAUAGUUUUGUACAGUAUCAUGUCCCCAAUUUUGUUAUAUUCCUCAAUCAAUUUAGAAUUUAGUCUUAUUAUUUAUUAACCAUUUUUUUUUUUUUUAAUGCUCUGGGCUCCAGAAUCUGUUGUUGUUGGAUGCCUUGGCUCGUGUAACUCCAAAGUGAUGCAUUACAAUCUCUAGGGGCUAUUGGAUUGGAGUAUUUUUCUCUA